AUGCGGCGGCAGUUUUCCUUCCGACUUCUGCUGUCCCAAGGACUCGACGUGCAUGUCCUUGAACAGUGCAGAUGUGCACCCAUCACCUGCGAUAUCACCCAGCUCAACGCCACCCUCCAUCCUGACAACCAAAUGCACCUUUCCGACACAACUGGUGUGGAGCUUCCCACAUGCGGCAGCAAGUGCUGUCCGCUAGGCUACACAUGCAAGAGCGGCAUGUGCUCGAAAGCCGAGACAACCUCAACACCCACAUCAUCGGCUACAUCACCGCCCACAUCAUCGCCCACAUCCACACCAUCCGCCACAAAGCCGGCCUCCUCAUCACAAACAUCCGGCUGUCCAACGCCUGUGCCCGUGAAGCAGGGCUUCGAUGGCAAGUCCUUCGCAGCUGGCCUGUUCCCCGGUCUUGUCGUGGGUGCGCUCGGCGCCAUUGGACUGAUGUGGUUGAUUAACAAGCGCCGCGAGACCCACAACGAAAAGAAGUACUCUGGCGACUUUGGUCACGUAGCACGACAGAUCAGCGAUCCAAUCUACGAUCCUGAACACGCAGCGAGAGCAGACUUCAUCCGGCGCCCGUCGCACUCCACACAUCGCUCGCCCAACUCCUACAACUCCAACACCGGCAUGGUCUCAAACGGCAUGCCGUCCAAGCCCACCGUUGGCACCGGCCUUACACCACGGAUCAGGAGCAUGUGGGACCGCACACCCAAGCUGAACUUCGGCUUCACCAACAACAAUCCAGGCCUACCCGCGAAUCCCAGCCCCGUGCGUCCGCCCCCCGCCGUCCGCGCCGGCAGCAGCGACCGCGAUCCCUACAAGACACCAACCUUCACACCCAAGCGCGCUCCCUCGCAGCGUCGCACAAGCAGAUCGAGCCGCUCCCGCCGCCGCCGCGAGCCGGAGAUGGAACAGCGUCAGCACCCACGUCCUACACCACCCGAGCGCCAGGACAGCACCGAGACCAUCGACGUGCUGAUGCCAGCUCCGAACCUGUCGUUUCUCGCGCCGCCCAAGGCGCCGGGCAUGCGGGAGAAUCGGGCGACGUGCGAUAGUGGGACGACUACGUUUACGAAGUUGAUGGAGAGGGCGGGGUUUGACGAUGAUGUGAAUCGAGAUGUGAAAAAUUUCAGUAGUCCGGCGAGGAGGUAUUGACGAAGAGAAUGAUGUAAUGCGUUUCGUUUUCUUUGAUGAGCAGUAGAGCUGUUCCUGUCGCCUGCCACGGCAGAAGUACAUACUAGAUACCAGGCAUGAUACCAUUCUUUUCGAUUCUCUGAUUAUAUAGCUUUGAUAGCAUUCUUUAACUUGCUGGCGUCAUUCGACGACCACUUCAAC